GCCUGUCGCUAAGAGCGCCACUGAAAGGGGUCCCGGUUGGUGGGCGUGUGUGUGUGGGGGGGGACAACGACGACGACGACAGCUACGAAGUGCGCCCGGCCCGGGCUGCUGCCCGUGUCCUCCCCCUCCUUGCCGCCGGCCGGCUGGCCGGGCGCUUUCCACCCGAGAGGAGGGCUUCUCUCAUGCGCGGGCUCUGCCAUGCGGCGGGCGCUCCGCUCCGGACUGAGCGCCGCGGCGCUGCUCCUGGCCGCCUGCGCCUCUUUUUCCACAGGUCUAACAUGUGUGUGCCAGUUGUGUGAAAAAACAAACUUCACUUGUAAAACUGAAGGAGCAUGUUGGACUUCUGUCAUGCUAACCAAUGGUAGACAAGAGGUGAUAAAGGCAUGUGUUUCCUUGCCACAACUGAAGGCACAAAUCUUCUGCCACAGUUCCAAGAACAUAGCCAGGACAGAAUGUUGCUAUACAGAUUUCUGCAACAAUGUCACGAUUCAUUUGCUCCCAGGUCAAGAUACUUCAGACCAAGCAAAGCUGGGCCCUGUGGAACUGACAGUGAUGAUAACUGUGCCAGUCUGUGUCUUGUCUGUAGCUUUAAUGCUGACUGUGUACACCUGUCAAAGCCACCACUGCAGAUUCAGGAAGAAAAGGAGGCCAAAUAUUGAAGAACCUCUCUCUGAAUGCAACUUGGUGAAUCCAGGGAAGACGCUCAAAGAUUUAAUUUUUGAUAUGACGACAUCAGGCUCUGGAUCUGGGCUACCCCUUCUUGUUCAAAGAACAAUUGCAAGAACCAUUGUUCUUCAGGAAAUAGUAGGAAAAGGUCGAUUUGGUGAAGUCUGGCGUGGCAAAUGGUGCGGAGAAGACGUAGCUGUGAAGAUCUUUUCCUCGAGAGAUGAAAGGUCAUGGUUUCGUGAAGCAGAAAUCUAUCAGACAAUUAUGCUGAGGCAUGAAAAUAUCUUGGGUUUUAUUGCCGCUGAUAACAAGGAUAAUGGAACCUGGACUCAGCUGUGGCUUGUUUCUGAAUACUACGAGCAAGGCUCUUUGUUUGACUACUUAAACAGUAACACUGUGACAGCUGAUGGGAUGAUUAAACUGACCUUUUCGAUAGCAAGUGGCCUUGCACAUCUUCACAUGGAGAUUGUUGGCACCCAAGGCAAGCCAGCUAUUUCGCACAGAGACCUCAAAUCUAAAAAUAUUUUAGUCAAAAAAAAUGAAACCUGUGCCAUUGCUGACCUGGGACUUGCUGUUAAGCAUGACUCUGUGUUAAACACCAUUGACAUACCUCAGAAUCCUAGAGUGGGGACCAAGAGGUAUAUGGCUCCAGAAAUACUCGAUGAUACAAUGAACAUGAAUAUCUUUGAGUCCUUCAAGCGUGCAGAUAUUUACUCUCUCGGGCUGGUGUACUGGGAGAUAUCGCGCAGAUGCUCAGUUGGAGGAAUUGUUGAGGAGUACCAACUACCAUAUUAUGAUGUGGUGCCUUCUGAUCCUUCAAUAGAAGAUAUGAGAAAGGUUGUCUGUGAACAAAAACUUAGACCAAAUAUCCCAAACCAGUGGCAAAGCUGUGAGGCACUCAGAGUAAUGGGCCGAAUAAUGCGCGAGUGCUGGUAUACCAAUGGGGCGGCUCGGCUGACAGCACUUCGCAUUAAGAAGACAAUUUCUCAGCUCUGCAUACGAGAAGAUUCCAAAGCUUAAGUUUGCACACCCUGCGGAAAAGAAGGGAGAAGAUCAAGUCCAUUUUGUUUGUUUCUGCCUUUUGUUUCCUGAUUUUGCUCUACCUCACUUCAUGCUAAGUAUAGUGUUUAAGAGGCCAAACCCCAGAAUGCAGGAAAAUAGAAUCAAUCAUAUGUUCAAAUUCAUCCAUGUGAUUUUUUUUUAUUUUGGCACAUGAAUUCUGUCCCAUCUACCUUAUCUGGUAAAUGAGGUUGUUGGAAGUUUUUGGUCUUUUUUUAGGAACUUGGGUCAUGGUCCACUCACCUGACCCACUGUGUUGUUGACUUUCCUGCCCCUGCUUUAUCAGCCCAAGUUCCAACAAAUCCCAGGACACAUCUGAGAACGAAGCAUGUUGGGGCGUGUUAUCACCGCCACAGAAGAUUCUGCUGAUGGUGUACAAAGCACUGAAGAAAAUACAGUAUUCAUUGUUCAAAAGGUCUGUAUUCUAGGGUCUCUGUAUUAAGAGUAUCUGUUCCAUGCCAUAUUCCCUGCCUGCCCUGUAUUUUUCAUUCCUCCAGGAAAUCGUAACUGAUGGGUAGCUUUCCAGUUCAUCUAAAGAACUGAUGUCUGUGGUAUGAGAUGUGCUAUUAGUUGUGGAGCAUCCUCGUAAGAUCUCCUGUUCGUACAGGCCUUGCAGAGUCUCCAUAGAUCUUACACACUCACAAAGAUGCUGGGUUUGCCAUUUCCUUUUGGAAGGCCCUCAAGUUGUGGUGUGUCUAUGAUGUAACAUUUCUUACGCAGCUGGGGAAGGCAGGCACUCCUGUUGGCUGGAAUUAGAAUGCACUAUGUAUAUCUGCUAAAUCAGGAAACCUAAUGAUUGAAAAAAUGCAUGCAAAGGGAACCACCCUCCCCUGGAAUCUCCACUUAGAAGCAUCAAACUGAAGGUGUCUUGAGAGACACCGCAAGGAGCUGCUGUCAGUCACGGUAGACAGUCCUAGCCUGGAUGGACCAGUGGUCUAACUUGCUGUAUGAGGCAGCUUUCUACAUUCCUCAUAAGCAAUUGUGCCCUUAUCCUCAACACAGAUACCAUGUUUGUCAAGGCAUUGAAGCUUUUGCCACAAAACCUUGUAAAAUAGCUGGUGCAAUAUGUAACUAUCUUUUGUUUAAUGUUCAAUUAACCAAAUAAGUAAACUUCACUGGAACCUUGUAUGCUGUGAAGCAAACCUUAUCGUUCUAUUAUUCAUUGCCUUCAAAGUGGCCAUUUAUUGAAAGCUUCAUGUGCAACUUGAUAGUAAAAUGUACAUUUGUUAUGUAUCUUUUUUAAAAAAAAAAACAUGUUAAGCUUCUGAUUUGUGAGCAAAAUAUUCCAAAAUCUUAGCUGUGGACCAUUGUUGUGAGGAUCAAUUAGACAUUUGUUUUGUUGUACCAAGACUGAGGCUAUGGACCAUAUAGGGUUUGCCUCUGCUCUAGAGGAAGUGGAGGGCCCUGAUCUGGAUCAUGACUCUGGUAUGGAUAGUAGAAGUGUUUUAAACCAACACAACCCUGAUCUUGGGCGACCUCACUGUGUCUGCAAAUUGUACUGCAAAAUGAGAAUCUGUUGCUUUUCAUGUCUGAUCUGGCCCUGAGUCUUUGUAGCCUGGGCUAGUUUUUAGCCUAGUGUUGCAAGCUCAUGCCUGCACAGUACACAGCUGCGCUGGGCUGUGACUGAAGUGAAAAUGUAAAAAAUAAUGACACUCAUAGGACCAUCCUUGUAGCCCACCUAGGAGCUGGUAUCUGUGUACAGUGGCAGAUGAUUCCCAUUGUUUUUUAUUUGAGCUGACAUCUGAUGAUAUGAAAUCUUUGUGUGUGGUGAUUCAUCAUUGAAAUGUAUUCAUACUAGUAGGGCUUUUUUUGUUGCUGCAGGACACCCAGGAUAAAUGUUGCACAUGUGAACAGUCCUUAGCUCUGUACAGGCAAAUCUGUGGUUCACCAAGCUAGUGUUUAAAUUGCCUCUUGCAUUUUCUGAACUAAAUAAUCACCUUUCUGCCAUUUUACUAUGCCCUUAGCUUUUUAUUAUGACAAUUUGUGUGGCUUCUGUUGAAAAUGCCAGAAAUAAGAGAUGCCUUUUACAUGCAGAGUGCCAUUUCUGUUCCUUGUUCUUCAGCAAUCCAUUAAUAUAGCUGGGAA